CUUAAUACAGUGAAUUUAUAUUGUAAAAACACAUUGUUCCGAAAUUGUAGAUCAAUUUCACUAUGCGAUGCUUCUCCAUCGAGCUAAAAUCAGCCAUAUUCAAAUAAAAUUCCGCUUCCAAUAUGGAUCACCCUGUACGAUGACAUUUGGUUGACGUACGGCGGCGGAUGGCUGUGUGUACGUGCUUUGCUCGAUGCCGGCACAAAAUGUAAACAAACAGUGUACGUGAACAGCUGACGCGAAGUAGCUGCGUGUGCGCGGAUUCGGAGUGUAUGUGUCGGUAGUGUGCGCGUGUGGUUAGUGUUCUGUGUGUGUGUAUGUGCGCGAAUUAUCCUUUCAAAUAUCCUUGUAGUUCGUUGCAAUAUUCUACACCAGCUUCCGAGCGACCAUCCUAAAGUUCUCUAUUUUGAAUUCAGUCAAAGAGCGUGCUCAAAUAUUGACCGGCAACAAUGUUACGUCUACCAGCCACCAUGUUCUGCCGUCUGCCCCGAGGUUAUUGUACCAGCAAACGCGCAAUCGCAUCCAACCGUCGUAUCAGCCCGUCCUUGAUCGACAUCGCACCGGAAGUGCGGGAAACCCUCCGGCACACGCCACAGCUGGUAGUGGCAUUAGAAUCAACCAUCAUUACCCACGGAAUGCCGUACCCGGCAAAUCUCGACACGGCCCUUGAGGUGGAACAGAUCGUACGGCAGCAGGGUGCAGUUCCCGCCACGAUAGCGAUUGUCGGUGGCCGGAUCAAGGUGGGCCUUGGAGCGGAUCAGUUGCGGUUGCUGGCCCGCACCGAUAGUGGCGCACAGACGCUGAAAACGUCCCGCCGGGAUAUGGCGUACGUGAUGGCGACCGGUCGAAACGGUGGUACGACGGUAGCGGGCACACUGCUCGUAGCCGACGCCGUCGGUAUACGGAUCUUUGCGACCGGUGGAAUUGGCGGUGUGCAUCGCGAAGGCGAACGAACGAUGGAUGUUUCGGCGGACCUGAUCGAGCUGGGCAGGUGCCCGGUAGCGGUCGUAUCGAGCGGCGUUAAGUCAAUCCUGGACAUACCGCGAACGCUGGAAUAUCUGGAAACGCAAGGCGUAUGCGUUACCACGUACGGUAGUAAGGACUGUGAGUUUCCAGCCUUUUACACCCGUUCCAGCGGCUCGAAGGCGGCCUACAAUCUUACCAGCCCAACCGAAGCUGCCAAGAUGCUGCACGUGAACCGUGAGCUUGGUCUUGGGUCAGGAAUUCUAAUUGGCGUGCCGAUACCGGAACGGUACGCGAUGAAUGCCACCGAAAUGGAUGCGGUGAUUGCCGAGGCACUCGUCGACGCUGAACGUAAACGAAUCCAGGGCAAAGAAGUGACGCCUUUCAUACUUUCUGCCGUCUCGAAAUUGACGCGUGGGAAAAGUCUCGAUGCAAAUAUGGCUUUGAUAAAAAAUAAUGCACGCGUUGCUGCCGACAUUGCGGUGGAACUGGCGCACAUUGAGAAUGGGUCAGCUGCGAAGGAGAAGCAAACGGAUAAGGCAACGCUCGCGGCUACCGAUGGUGCUGGUGCUCCGCUCGUCAUCGGCGGAUCGGUUAUUGACAUUUGCAUCAGCGUCUUGGAGGAUGAUGUUAAGCUCGAUGGGGCCACGUACCACGCCAAGCAGGACACAUCGCCGGGCGGCGUAGCCCGGAACAUAGCCGAAGGGAUUUACAAAAUUUAUGGUAACGUUAAUCUGAUUUCGGCGGUUGGCAACGAUCAAAAUGGGACCUACAUACGGAAGCUGCUGCCAGAACAUUGCGCAUCAUCGAUUGUCACGCUUGGCAGCUGCCCAACGGCCAGCUUUACGGUGCUGCUUGACCGGAAGGGCGAUUGCCGGCUAGUUGUGGGCGAUAUGGAGGCCCACCAAGCGAUAACGCCGGACUGGAUCAAAUCACACGCUCAAUUGAUCCAACAAUCGCCGAUAACGGUCAUUGAUGCAAACAUAAGUGAAGCAGCAACGAUAACCGUCUUUGAGGAAUGCAUUCGUUACAACAGACCAGUUUUCUUCGAGCCCACGGACAUGCGGAUUGCGGCCAGACCGUUCGUGAACAGCAGCAGCAACGCGCAAAAGACGACACUCGCCAAACGUGCCAUCAAAUUCAUCUCGCCCAACAUUCACGAGCUGGCCCAAAUUGCCCAGGCCCUCGAAUAUCCCGGCCCGAUACCGACCAAAUCCAUGAGCGAGUACGCCACGGUAACCGAGCUGCUGGACGACGUGAAACCGCUGGGAAUGUUUGUGAACCGGACCAUCGAUCACGUGCUCGUUACGCUUGGCCAUUACGGUGUGGCCGUGUUUCGUCGUACCGCCCCCACGGUUCCCUUCUUCACCGCCGAAACCCACCAAUACAGCCGGGUCCCGGUGGAUGCCAUCCCGCAAGGUCGAUUCUAUCCCGGCCGAAAGCUGGACCGAAUCGUGAACGUUUCCGGGGCGGGAGAUAGCUUCACGAGUGGCUUCAUCGUCGCUGCACUAGCCGGUUGUCCGGAACCGGUGUGCGUGAAUGUGGCACUCGAAGCGGCUGGCUGUGCUCUGCAGGCACGUGGUGCUGUUGCGGAUCAAUACUUCCUGCGGGAGGCUCCCUGCUGGGUGAAUGAGGAGGGUGCCCCAUUUCGGUCGCUCUAGACCAUUUUCGGAGCGGUUUUUUUUUUUGCUGCUUUCGGAAAACAGGGACAACGCUUUCUUUUACCACCCAAACCAACGCAUGCCGACGAAAAGCCCAUGGAAAAAUGGGCGGUUUAAUAGUGUAAGAAAUCAAGUUGCCAGUUGCUACUUGUGUUGCUUAGUAGCAGCAACAUUAGUUUUUGUGGGGGAUCGCUAUUAGUGUUAUUAACCAGCACGGUGCAAACCAUUUUCCCCUUCUAUUCUGGAUAGCGCUCGGUUACAUGUUUACACGCCAGAAGGUUCUAGUGAGCUGUAUUGUGUUUUCUUCUAAUGUUACGCAAUGCAAGAAAAACACAGUAAGGGAAGGAAUCACAACACAGCCGGGAGAUAUUUUCACACACCGUACUGAUCGCGGGAUAGAUUUAUGAUCGUAGCAGCCAGAUAAAGCAGACAGACAAGUACAAUUUUAAAACGCUGUCCUACACCUAAGUUACCAGACGUGCAUAUUUUACACACAGAAAAAGGGAAAAGCUAUAUAUAUUAAUCUACUUGUACAAUAAAUAAAAAACCUCCCUAGACAGUGCUACCGCGUAAGGCGGUUAAACAAACCCAGCACAACACAAA